CGAUAAUAAUGCACAUCGAAAAACAUCAAAAAAGUCUGUCGUGUGUCUCAAGAAAUGUCUUGUAUAUAAUGUGUGUAUAUUUUUUUGAAUACAAUUAUCACUCCGUCAGUGAAUACAAGUAGUCAUCGAUAAUAUAUACCGAAAAUUUUCAGUAUUUAAAAGUCUAUUGUCUGUGAUAUUGUCUACACGUUUGGUCUGACAUACACUGGGAUAUUAUGGACAGGUAUCGGAUAAUGAGUCACAUGAGCGCCGGUGCCCACGGAGUCAUACUGAAGGGCACGUACGCCAGUGUGGCCGACAAGACGGCCGACGAGGACAUCCCCGACAAGUAUCUGUUGGCCAUUAAACGCAUUUUCAUCCGCAAUAAGACAAUCCCGCUGUCGAUCGUACGGGAGAUUAAAUGUCUGCAAUUCCUCCGCAGCGAUGACAAUAUAAUCCUAUUGGAAGACGUGUUCGCGUUUGGUUCGUCGGUAAACCUGGUGUUCCCGCUAUUGCCUGUGAACAUGACAACCGUGAUAUACGACGGGCCGGCGCUCACCGACGACCAGUGCCAGUGUUACGUACGACAACUGUUGGCCGGAGUACAGCACUGUCACAGCAACGGCAUUGUGCACCGCGAUCUCAAGCCCAGUAAUCUGCUCAUCGACUGGUCCGGUGUGUUGAAGAUAUGCGACUUCGGUCAGGCGCGAGCCCUGCCGGCCAACGGCCAAUUGACCGCAGAUGGAGAACCACCAGAAGUAGACAGCGGUAACGCCAGCGCCACCCAUAGUAGGGAUCCGAUGCUGACCGCCGAUGAAGAUAACCCGUGCCUAUCGCACCAGGUGUGCACCCGAUGGUACCGGUGCCCGGAACUGCUAUACGGUGCCGACCAUUACGGCUACACUGUGGACAUGUGGUCCGUCGGGUGUAUUGUGGGCGAAAUGCUUCAGCGGUGGCCACUGUUUAAGGGCGAGUCCGACAUCGAGCAGCUCUCCCGAGUGGUGCAGGCGUUGGGGGCGCCGCCGCCCGAGUGGGCCGACGAGUUGCCCGACUUUCGUAAGAUUCAGUUCACUGUUAGCGACGACAGAAGUGUCAGAGAUAUGUGGCUCCGGAAGAUUGAGAGGCGGUGUAGGGGUCAGCCCCUGGCCGUCGAUCUGAUGGCCAAACUCUGCGUCUAUAAGGAUAGGCUGACCGCCGAUGAAGCUCUUCGGCACCCGUUUGUGGCCGACUGUCUCGUGAGAGCGGAUCUGUUGAUUAAACCCCAGUAUAUCAAGCAUUUGGUGGGUCCGCCCAUCAGUAGGCGAUAGUGUCUACGAAUUUGUUAUAAUUAAGUCUUGUUUUUAAUUGUUUUUUAUAUACCAAGUCAUGUCUGUAUAGUGUACUCUCGAUGUAACCAAAGGGCACAAUACUCUUAUAUCUGGUCUAAUAGUGUACUUUCGCUAUAAUGUACACUGAAAUGCGCGCAUUAAACAUAAUUAUUGUAAUAAGUGAU